AUGGGCUCGGAUGCAGGCACUGGCCGCGGGGUAGGUGCCGCGGAGCGCCCCCCGGAAAGGGGCUCCCCUAACUCUGGCUCGGACGAGCCGAGAAGCCCCUCGCCCGCACCCAGCUACUGGGGGCCACGUAUUGGGGGCUCCCACGCCCCGCGCACGGUGCGGGCCCCGGGGGAGCCAGAGAGAGAGAAGCAGAGAAAAGUUUCUUACCGGGCGUUGGGGGAGGCGCCUCUGCCCAGCUGCAAGGCGUCCCUAGCCCCCCAGGCAGGGCGGAGGGGCUGGCUCCCGGGACCUCGCGCUCCCCAGCUCGGACUAGCCGGUCCGGGGGAAUUUCCUGCUUUGAGUCACUCGGGCUGUACACACACACCACACACACAGUCCGGACGGCUGCUCCUCCUCCUGCUGCUGCUGCUGCUGCUGCUGCUGCUGCUGCAGCGGCGGUGGUGGAGGGGGCGGCCCCAGCUGCUCUGGCGGCGGCGGCGGCGGCGGCUGCUGCGGCUGCUGCUGCUGCUGCUAUCCCAUCCCUUCCCCUUCCUCCCAAACAGCUCCACCUCCCGCUCUUCUCGUCCUCUCCUUCCCCUUCCUCCCUUAAACACGCCGAGCCCCGCCUUCUCUAGCCCAGUCCCGAGGAGUCCAGCAUUGGCGCCGCCCAGCUCCGCCCAGUCGGGUCCGGGUCACUCCAAAAGCCGCUCAACACCCAGUCUCUUAGACCCCUCUCCUCUCUUCUCCUCCCGGCCCUCAGCUGUGGAUCUCCAGUUUUCCCAGCUUUUCGUUCCUGUUCCUUCCCCCUCCUAUACCCCAGGACACGCCGCCCAUUCGACCACGUCCAGGGAGCAAAGCUCAGGUCCGGACAAUUCCCCGCCCUCCCUAGUGCGCGCACACACAUGCACACACAGAGACGCAUACACUCACACACAUCCGCCCCCUCCUUUUCCCUACUCCCCAGCACGCCCCCACGAUCUGGUGAAGGAGGAUGGAAGGAGCUGGCUAUUGUUCCCCCGCCCCGGGUUUGCAAGGCUGGUAGAGAAGGGAGUUUCCUGCCUUCACAAAAUGGAGCCUGGGCCCUUUUAUUUGGGAGCCAGCACGAAAAGCCCUAGUCAACUACGAAGGAAGUUGCCUGGAAAACUAGCCUUCCUCGGGACAAGAGAAGGUAUCCCUGUUCUACAGCGUGGGGAGAACGUGAGCUGCUUGCUUUGCAGAAAAGCCUGGAAGGGUUUGCAAACUUUUGAAAAGAAAAUAUUCCAAGGAACUCUGGUGUAUUGGGGAAACUAAAGAGGUCAUCAAAGUCCAGUGGCAGGACAAAGUCAAGACAAUUGGCAAUGGCUCAGGAUACAGUGGAUGACCUGGGGCAUCUUCAGUGUCUGACCAAGCUCUAAGUGCUUCACGGUACCUGCUUCAAACCAAGUUCAUGGAUGCUGGAACAAACUGUUCUCAUCCACUCAUUCUGCUGGGGGGAAGUCUUUACAUGCUUGGGGUAGAUAUCUCCCUA